GCAUGGCGAGAUUUGAUGCCAGCCGUUAGGAAGAUUGGUGCUCAACUUGUGAAAGAGGGUCUGAUUCUUGUUACACAGAGAGGAACAAUAGUUGAUUUAGCAACUGCCCAAGGCCCAGUGAGAUUUGGGUUAGCUGGAUAAGAUGGCAGGAGUAGCAGUAGAUGUUGGGAAUAGGGUGGAGUGUGAUGGAGCCCUUGGGACUGUGAAAUGGAUUGGGGAGGUUCCUGGCACACAGGGCAUGUGGUAUGGAGUGGACUGGGAUGACGAAAACCGAGGCAAACACGAUGGUACUCACAAUGGAAUAAAAUACUUUGAGACCCAGUAUCCAAAAUCGGGAUCUUUUGUCCGUCCAACCAAAGUGAGCAGUGGUAUGACAUUAGAGGCAGCAGUGCGAGGAAGAUACCAGGAUGACCCAACCAUUGAGACUCAUGUGACUGAUAUGCUGCAAAAGACAAUCAAUGCAAGAUUUGUAGAAGUUGUUGGGAUGGAGAAGAUAGGAAAGAAGCAAAGCAAGCUAGAAGAGCUGGAAACUGUUGUGUUGGAUGGAUGGAUGGUUUGGGGAGCUGGGAAUAGCGACCUAGCUAAGCUUCUGCCUAGGCUCCAAGACCUCGACAUCUCCAAUACUCUCCUCUCCUCUUGGGAGAGCAUUGCACAGAUUACACGUCAGCUACCAAGCCUUAGAUUCCUUAACAUCAGUGGCAACAAACUGAAGCUGCCCAACAAUCCAGAUGAACUGCAGGAGAGUGUGUGUCACAUCACCCACCUUGUUCUCAACAAUAUGAAGGGCUACACUUGGUCAGACCUCAUGACAUGCUGUGUCAUGUUUCCAACACUCAGGAAGCUUCAGGUUGCCUUCAAUAAGCUAUGCAAAUUAGGACCAGUUCCUGUGGGCCUCUUUGAUUCUCUUGAAGAAAUUGACAUCGGUGUUAAUCCCAUUUGCUCCUGGGAAGAAGUGUGUCACUUGGGAACAAUCCCAAGGCUGGAAAGCUUGAAUGUCAAUAACUGCCAGCUGAAGAAGGUAGUUUUUCCUUCAGUCCCAGUACAUGAAAAGACCAAGUUGUUUCCCAAUCUGAAGAACUUGAUGAUUGCGAAUAACCCACUCGAAGCGUGGGAAUCCGUUGGUGAGCUAAAUAAAUUACAGAACAUUAAAGACUUGGUCAUAUCUUAUGAUGAAAAUAUCACGCUUUAUUUCCAAGAGUUUGCUUUUGCUCGAAUUUCAAACCUGAAGGUGCUGAACAGAACAAGGCUAACUCCAAAAGAAAAGAGAGAUUGUGAAUUGUUUUACUUGAAGUCCUUCAGUGAGGAUUAUUACAGCAGUGGUGGUACAGAAGACACAAGUGCCUCACACCUCUCCCAGGAGUUUACCCUCAAACAUCCAACUUACCUGAAAUUAGUGGAAGAAUAUGGUGCGCCAGUGGAUGAGACAAAACACAGAAGUCAGAAAAGUCAGAAGCUGCGAGACCUGAAGAUUGAGUUAAAGAUCAUAACUCCAGACGACGCAGAAAGAGAACCCAUUGUCAAGUCCUUCCUUCCAACCACCAAAAUCUCCAAGGUGAAGAUGAUGCUCAAACGUCAGCUGAAGAUUAACCCAGCAGCUCAUAUAAACCUUAGCUACUGUCCAACAAAGGCAAUCCUGUGGCAAAGUGCGACUGUGUUUGAAAUUCGAAUGGACAACGAUAUGAAGGAAAUGGACUUUUACUCAAUAGUUUCUGGCGACACCUUGAUGGUCAGAUGGGAAUGAAGGAAUAUUUUCUCAUUGCUGACAUCAUGACAUCUUCUGAUGAAACAGAUGACUUGAGUAUCUUGUGCUUAGAAAGUUUUAGUUAUUAGUAAAUCCUGUUCUUUUGUAGAUGUGAUAAGAUCUUGCUUUAUCAAUUUAAUGUAAAAGUAAUGUAUGCAACAUCUUUCUUUUUUUUCUUUGUUCUUCAGAAGCUAAAUGUUAAGUAUUGCUCAUUUUAACUAAUUUUUUUUUUAUUUUUUUUUUUAGUGAGUUGUAUUGAGACUUACUCCAACAAUUACAUAAUACUUAUGAAAUGUGUAUAAUAAAAAAUUCACAAGCUUA